AGAUGCAAACCAGGUGGCACCCAGUGACCCUUCCUCUGGACGGUUGUGGGUUCCGUCCACGCUCUGUGACUUCACCUGGCUUAGAAAAGGAGCUCUGGCAUUUUGGGGCGAGGUGGGAGGCUGGAACACAACUUCUCCGGGUGUUGCGAGGUUUCAGAACUUUUUACCUGGGCCUCAGUUUACUAAAUGAGACACAGCUUUGAGUCGACACCCCCCUGCCCCAGUCUCCAGUUUUCUGACAUUAAGAUUCUGAGCAAAUUGUCAUAUACUUUCGCCUUGUUACCCAGGGUUGCUCACUUCGAAACAAAUGCAUGCAAACCGAAGGUAUGCAAAUAGACAUGUUUUGUUUAAACUGCCAAUCCUAAAGCUUUUUCUGCAGGAGAAAAAAAAAAUCCCGGUGUUUUUCCGGAGAGUUGGCCCAUGGCUGGUCGCGAGGUUUCUGGCUUUCUCUCUCCGGCCGGCUGGGGUAGGGAAUUUGCGUAAUGUAAAUGGAGUCCUCCGUGGAGCCCCCUCGACCAGAUCGGCUGGAACCUCCUAGUGUGCUUCCGGAGGUUGCCGGCAGAGGGCGCCGGCGGCUCCGAGGCCCCUCCUUUCGGCAGCUGGGAGGGCAGCGGGGCGGACCGACGGGAUCUCGCGAGAUUCUCGCGCGGUAGGCCCUGAGGAUCCAGCAUGGCGGACUGGGGGCUGCUGCUAAAGCGGGGUUCCUGCCGUUCCACUUGGCUGCGGGUCCGCAAGGCCCGGCCCCAGCUCAUCCUCAGCCGCCGGCCCCGCCGCCGGCUCGGGAGCCUGCGCUGGUGCGGUCGGCGGCGCCUACGGCGGCGGUUACUGCAAGCCCAGGCAGCCGGCGUGGACUGGAGGGAGGGAGCCCGCCAGGUGUCGCGCGCGGCGGCGGCCGGGAGACCCAACACCGCGACCCCCAGCCCGAUCCCUAGCCCGACCCCCGCCUCCGAACCCGAAUCCGAACCCGAACUCGAAUCCGCCUCGAGUUGCCACCGGCCUCUCCUCAUCCCACCGGUGCGGCCCGUGGGCCCCGGCCGCGCGUUGCUGCUGCUGCCGGUCGAGCAGGGUUUUACUUUUAGUGGGAUCUGUCGUGUGACUUGCCUCUAUGGCCAGGUGCAGGUAUUUGGUUUUACCAUCAGCCAAGGCCAGCCUGCCCAAGACAUCUUCUCUGUGUAUACCCACUCUUGCUUGAGUAUCCAUGCACUUCGCUACUCACUGCCUGAUAAAAGCAAGAAGGAACUGAAAAGGGAAGCCCGGAAUUUGCUCAAAUCUCAUCUUAACCUUGAUGACAGGCGUUGGUCGAUGCAGAAUUUUUCUCCUCAGUGUUCCAUUGUGUUGCUAGAACAUCUGAAAACUGCCACUGUAAACUUCAUAACCAGCUAUCCGGGUUCAUCCUACAUUUUUGUGCAAGAGAGUCCAACUCCCCAGAUUAAACCUGAAUAUUUAGCCUUGAGGUCUGUUGGCAUCAGAAGAGAGAAAAAAAGGAAAGGCCUUCAGUUAACUGAGAGUACCCUUUCAGCCCUGGAAGAGUUAGUCAAUGUUUCCUGUGAAGAAGUAGAUGGCUGCCCUGUCAUUCUAGUUUGUGGAUCCCAGGAUGUUGGAAAGUCAACAUUUAAUAGAUACCUGAUUAACCAGUUGUUAAAUAGUCUUCCCUGCGUUGACUAUUUGGAAUGUGAUCUGGGACAGACAGAAUUUACCCCUCCUGGUUGCAUUUCUUUGCUUAAUAUUACAGAACCAGUUCUGGGAGCACCUUUCACUCACCUGAGGACCCCACAGAAGAUGGUGUAUUAUGGGAAACCUUCUUGUAAAAACAACUAUGAGAAUUAUAUUGAUAUAGUGAAAUAUGUGUUCAGCGCUUACAAGAGAGAGUCCCCUCUCGUCGUCAACACUAUGGGAUGGGUUUCAGACCAGGGGCUCCUGCUUCUCAUUGAUCUGAUCCGAUUGCUGUCUCCCAGCCAUGUGGUUCAGUUCCGCUCUGACCACAGUAAAUAUAUGCCAGACCUUACCCCGCAGUAUGUAGAUGACAUGGAUGGCUUGUACACAAAAAGCAAGACCAAGAUGAGAAAUCGACGUUUCAGACUCGCAGCAUUUGCAGAUGCUUUGGAAUUUGCUGAUGAAGAAAAAGAGAGUCCAGUUGAGUUCACUGGACAUAAACUGAUAGGUGUUUAUACAGACUUUGCAUUCAGAAUAACUCCAAGAAAUAGAGAGUCACAUAACAAAAUUCUUCGAGAUCUGUCCAUCUUGAGUUACCUUAGCCAGCUGCAGCCCCCGAUGCCCAAACCACUUUCUCCUUUACAUAGCCUGACACCCUAUCAGGUCCCUUUCAAUGCAGUCGCACUCCGGAUUACCCACUCUGAUGUCGCCCCUACCCAUAUACUAUAUGCUGUGAAUGCCAGCUGGGUUGGUCUUUGCAAGAUCCAGGAUGACGUCAGAGGAUACACGAAUGGGCCCAUCCUGCUUGCCCAGACUCCAAUCUGUGACUGCUUGGGCUUUGGCAUCUGUAGAGGCAUUGACAUGGAGAAGCGGCUGUACCACAUCCUCACCCCUGUGCCCCCGGAAGAGCUAAGGACCGUGAAUUGUCUGCUUGUUGGAGCUAUUGCCGUUCCGCAUUGUGUCCUUAAGUGCCAGCGUGGGAUCGAAGGGACAGUACCUUAUGUCACAACGGAUUACAAUUUUAAACUUCCUGGAGCAUCAGAGAAAAUUGGAGCAAGAGAACCUGAGGAGGCACAUAAAGAGAAACCAUACCGAAGACCUAAGUUCUGUCGAAAAAUGAAGUGAUGCUCGCGUUUUUAAUAAGGGAAGAAACUUUCCUACCAGAAAGCUUUGUCUCAAGCCUGACCACAAGAGAUAUGAUGGAGUUUCAUGGCCAUGAAUGGUGCCCUUAUUAGCAACAGUGUUUUUUGUGUAAUUCGUGAAUGUCGUAUAGUAGUCUUAAGUUUCUCUUUUAAAGCUGCAUGAGCUAGAAUUUGUUCUAGUCUUCUGUGUGAUACUCAUACUUGCUGUCCAGAGGGAGUAAAACAGCAGAGAACAGUUUGUGUGCCAUUAAAACAGAGAUUCCUCAGAAAGUUCUUCAAGGACCUGGUUAUUAGAAUCAGGAUAAAAAUAAGGAAACUGGGGCCAUAACAAUGUACUGAGAAGGAAGGAAGAAGGCCGACCUGCAGGAUCUCAAGCAUAAUGGAUACAAGGGCUCGCCAUGAGCCUUGCCUGAGCCACAUGCAGAGCUGGGGUCCAGCGGUCUGCUUCCUUGGAGCCAGUGUGGAUGGUUACAGCCCAUCCAUUUGGUGCAGUUGUACUUGGUCUGUUAUAUUCAAUCAAGAUUUAAUAGAUAGGGCUGGGCAUGGUGGCUCAUGCACACCUGUAAUCCUAGCACUUUGGGAGGCUGAGGCGGGAGGAUUGCUUGAGCCUCGGAGUUCCAGGCUGGAGUACACCAACUACUCCAGCCUGAGCGACACAGUAAGACCUUACCUUUUAAAAAAGAAAAGAAAAAUUUAAACGGGUUUGAUAGAUAUAAAUUUGGACCCAAGAGCCCUUCCUUUUUUUUAAUCCUGAGGUUUUAUGCUGAGGAAAUUUCUUUCAAAUCUGGAAAACCUCGGGGCCAGGCGCGGUGGCUCACGCCUGUAAUUCCAGCACUUUGGGAGGCCGAGGCAGGCGGUUCACGAGGUCAGGAGAUCGAGACCAUCCUGGCUAACACAGUGAAACUCCGUCUCUACUGAAAAUACAAAAAACUAGCUGGGCGUGGUGGUGGGCGCCUAUAGUCCCAGCUACUGAGGAGGCUGAGGCAGGAGAAUGGCAUGAACCCAGGAGGCGGAGCUUGCAGUGAGCCGAGAUCACGCCACUGCACUCCAGCCUGGGCGACGAGAGCAAGACUCCAUCUCAAAAAAAAAAAAAAAAAAAAUCUGGAAAACCUCUUCUGGGGGCUCUUAAAAAGUAGAUUUGUCCAAAUUGACUUCUGAUCUGAGGCCAGAGACAACCACAGGGCAGAGCUGGAGACUGGGCUGUUUUGAAGGAAGAAGGACUGGCAGACCAGCUCUUGGGAAAGCUCCAUUUUUGCCUGUGGGAGGCUGGACCUGAACUUGCACCUAUGAACAACCCUGCCAUUUAGAGCUUUUUUCUGGGGGUGCUGGCGGCUGGUGACCAGACUGCCAUUCUCCAUGUUCUCCCUGGUGCUUCCGACUCUGUCCUCUAGGUUGGAAGUGGUUUGUGUAAACGGGUGAUGGGACCAGGUCACAUCAUUUUUGCAUUUAAGACAGCAGGAUACUUCCUGGGGCUGAGGUUCAAACUGGUAUUGUGACCGCCGCUUUGACAGAAUUCCAUCUUCCCAGCAUGAUCACAUUGUAAGACUAUUAGGAUGUGUGGGUUUUAACACUUAUAUACACUUGCAUACAACUGUUGGUUAUCAUUGUCUUUAGUAUUUUACAGUGGCCCCUCAGCACCUCUUAGACCCAACAGCAAAGGACUUAAAAUAAGCACAGGAAACCUUGCUAUGGUGAUUAGUUUUGAUACCUUUGAGACAAUUGAGUCUAGCUUCUUAGUUGCCCCUUAUUUAUGUUGAAAUCUGGCUCAUUCAUACGAUGUUUUACUGUGCUGGCCUCGUAAAGAAUUUUAAGACAAUCCAUCACCACCAACGUUUUGCCUUUCUCCACUUCCGUGUAUCUUACAGUUAUACUCACUGGAGGUCAUUUGCAGCAAGUCUCUGGAAGAAUGAAACUGGUGCCCUGUAAUUGCAUUUGCAUUCAAUCUAGGUUUGCCUUCAGGCUUUAAAUGCGGCCUGUAUGAAGGUCAAGUCUUUUUCUUCAGUCCCUAUCAGUAAAGAAAAAUCGUUGCCUCUAGAGGGAGCUAUCAGCUGUGGGUCAGGUGGCUGUACUGGGGCUAGAGUUGGCCCAGGAAGCUGUACAGGGUUUAGGGAAGGAGGUUUGGAGACCGGGAGCCAAGGCCUCUGUCAGCUCUAGCUUGUGCCGGUCAGACCUGCAGCAGCACCAUUCUCCAGGAUGAAGAUUCAUCCCAUUAUUGAUGGCAGUGGCCUUUUUAUCCUUUUUUUUUUUUUUUUUUUUUUUGAGAUGGAGUUUCGCUCUUGUUGCCCAGGUUGGAGUGCAGUGGCGCAAUCUGGGCUCACUGCCACCUCCGCCUCCCGGGUUCAAGUGAUUCCCUUGCCUCAACCUCCCGAGUAGCUGGGAUUACAGGCAUGAGCCACCACGCCUGGCUGAUUUUCUAUUUUUAGUAGAGAAGGGGUUUCACCAUGUUGGCCAGGCUGGUUUCGAACUCCUGUCCUCAGGUGAUCCACCUGCCUUGGCCUCCCAAAGUGUUGGGAUUACAGGCAUGAGCCACCGCACCCAGCUGGUGGCAGUGGCUUUAAGGGCAUUUAGAGGAAGGACAAGAUUGGACUUUUUAUCAUUUCCACAGUCUGUUAUGGGUCAGAUUAGGUAGUAAGGAGUUCUCCAUUGGAGCUAUUCUUUUUUUUUUUGAGACGGAGUCUCGCUCUGUCACCCAGGCUGGGGUGCAGUGGCACGACCUUGGCUCACUACAGCCUCUCCCCUCCUGGGUUCAAGUGAUUCUUCUGCCUCAGCCUCCCAAGUAGCUGGGAUUACAGGCGAGCGCCACCAUGCCUGGCUAAUUUUUAUAUUUUUAGUAGAGAUAGGGUUUCACCGUAUUGUCUAGGCUGGUCUCGAUCUCCUGACCUUGUGAUCUGCUUGCCUCGGCCUCCCAAAGUGCUGAAGCAAUUUUUUUUUUUUUUUUUUUUUGAGACAGAGUCUAGCUCUGUCGCCCAGGCUGAAGUGCAGUGGAGUGAUCUCGGCUCACUGCAACUUCCGCCUCCCAGGUUUAAGUGAUUCUCCUGCCUCAGCCUCCUGAGUAGCUGGGAUUACAGGCGUGUGCCACCACGCCCAGCUAAUUUUUGUAUUUUUAGUAGAGACAGGGUUUCACCAUGUUGGUCAGGCUGGUCUCGAACUCCUGGCCUCGUGAUCCGCCCUCCUUGGCCUCCGAAAGUGCUGGGAUUACAGGCGUGAGCCACUGCGCCUGGCCUGAAGCUAUUCUUUACAAAAGCUCUUAGUUUUUUUUUUUGUUUUUUUUUUUUGCGACGGACUGUCGCCAAGGCUGGAGUGCAGUGGCCUGAUCUCAGGUCACUGCAACCUCUGCCUCCUGGGUUCAAGCGAUUCUCCUGCUUCAGCCUCCCAAGUAGCUGGGAUUACAGGCGCCUGCCACCACACCCGGCUAAUUUUUGUAUUUUAAGUAGAGAUGGCGUUUCACUUUAUUGGUCAGGCUGGUCUCGAACUUCCAACCUCAGGGGAUCCGCCUGCCUCGGCCUCCCAAGGUGUUGGGAUUACAGGCAUAAGCCACUGUGCCUGGGCCUCUUAGUAAUUUUUGUAUGUAAUUUUCAGAGUAUCCGGGAUUACAGGCGCCCGCCACUAAACUAGCUAAUUUUUUUUGUAUUUCUAGUAGAGAUGGGGUUUUACUAUGUUGGCUAGGCUGGUCUCGAGCUCCUGACCUUGUGAUCCGUCCACCUUGGCCUCCCAAAGUGCUGGGAUUACAGGCGUGAGCCACCGUGCCCGGCCUAGGUCAUUUGUUUUUGGGUUUGGAUGGCAAGAUCAUGGAUAAGACAGCAGGCUUUGAUUAUAGAGCUCUGAGUUCAAAUCCUGGCUCUACCACUUGUCAGUGGUGUAACUUGGAGGAAGAUGCUUAGCCUGAGCCUGUUUUGUGUUUUGAAGAUUGGGUAGUUGUCCUUCCUUCAGUGUUCCUGGGUGAGGAGUAAGUGAAGUCAUGUCUAUAAGAGAUGUAGCACAGUCUCCGGCAUGUAGAAACGGUCAGUAACUCCUAGUGUGUGGCUAGCCUCUGAUUAGAUGGUAAACUCAGGAGGCUGGCACCACGGCUGUGCUACUCACGGUCAUGCUGGAGGGAUGCAGAAACUAAAUGAAUCCGCAGCUACUUACUCAUCUUGCCUCUGGCAGGUUCACCUUAAAAUUGUUGCUACCAAGCUUCCUGUGGUCAAAGAGCCCUUGAGGAAGCAAGCUCCACGGCUACCAUAGAUAACCCAUUCCUGAAAGUUUUUCAUAAACCCCCACUUGUUGCUUUUAAAAUUUUAUAAGCAGCUUACACAUGUAGAAAAUGAUCCUCCAGCCCACCACCACAUAGUAAUCACUGACACUGUGAGGUGUCUCAGCUGGGGUUCUGCUGUGUGUGUGUGUAUUUUACAAAAUAUGUAUGGUUUCUGUUCAGCUCUUUUCAGUUAACAGAUGAACUUUUGUAUCAUUAAAUAUUUUUGAGAACAUGAA